GGCGAUGGCGCGCCAAUCAGAGGCGACGCCACCCAUUCCACCUUUGCUUAUCGCCACGUGAUGCGUACAGAUAGACUCAGGCUUGGCGCGUCUAGCGCAGCUCUGCACAGCUUCAUGGUUGCUUAGCCGGUGAUUUUUCUUUUAUUUACUCCGUUCAUUACAUCUCGUCCACCCACGCAUUGAUAUCCCAUCUCGUCCAGCGUCCUUUCUCGACCCGACGUUCCAUUUCUCCGAGGGAAUGCGCCGCGACCAUGGCGGGCACACAAACGCGGCGAGCCCCCUAUAAGGACACUCUGCAGCCUGCGUUGCAUCGACGCUUCUCCUCCACAGCUAGUCUGUUGUUGGCCGUGUCGUACCUCCAAUCGAUCUUACUGAGCAGCUGGGACUCCUAUUUUUGGUCAUGGUUCCCUCUCGGCCCGGCAGGCUUUCGAACGCUGCUACUGUUCGCGUGCGGUCUCACCAUUCUCGUUCUCCGAAUCGCAUUCUACCACGUGGGCAUCAAGACGACAAGCUCAGGCCUGCAUAGCUUGGCAUCUGCACUUCUCAGUCCCCGAACCUACGAGACAGCCUUUUGGUACGGUACUUCGAGUCUGCUCUACUGCGCCAUCUAUCUAGGAACGACAGAUGAGGAUUCAAACCUUCAUUGGAUCAACUACUUUAGUGGCGACCGCGCCAGGCUAAACGAGCGACCUGUCUUCUUGGCCUGCUACAUGAUCACGUUUGCGCUCAUUCAGACUGUUGAGCAUUACAGACAUGAUACCGACCGUCUGGAUCUCGGCGCGCUUGAACGGAAGCCUGCGGUGGAGCAAAAGAACACGGGUAUCAUAUCAGGAUCCCUUCAAGCUGUUCUGGAAGAGCUGCCCAUGGCCUUAGCUGAAUGCUUCAAGCUGGCACUCAUGUCUAUACCUGCGACACUCAUCCUUUACUUCUUCUUCCUGAGGUCGUUUGCUUGGUCGUGGACUUUGACAUUCCUCCGUCCGUUCUACAACCUGCCCAGGACUAACAUGCUUCCAUCGUCCUGGCCCUCGGAUAUCUACCUCUUGGCUCGCUGUGUUUUGGCAGGAGUUGGUGUUGGAUUUUUGUGGGCGGCCGGUAACAGGGCUUUCUCAAUUUUCAUGGUUAAGAAGCCUCUGAAGAACGACAAUCCCUUGACUUCUGAUUCCAAGGACCCCAAUGGCAGUCUUCUUAAUGGCCUUAAGAGCAAGAAGCUCUCCAUCAAGUCCUUUGCCAUGUGGGAAUUGGCCCUCACAGCUCAAAACUAUGGACCCCGGAGGCAAAGUAUUUUCAACGAUAUCGACCGCCAGGGUGGCCCCAUGUGGUCUCAGAUAUACACAAUCUGCAUGGAGACUCUAAAAAGCAUCGAGUCAAAUGUUGAUGCUUAUGGACAACCAGCAGCACAUGCAGCUCCUGAAGCCGCACAGAUUGAAGAAAAGCAACGCUCGUCAGCUCCGUUGAGGGAAGAUACUAUUUUUGCCAGCCAGUCCCGACAAGCAACCCUUCGGACUGGGGUUGAAAAAGCUCUGGACAAACUUGCACGGAACCCUGGCUCAACACCCGCUUCAGAGCUUAGCCCUAUCGCUCGCAAAACCUGGCAGAGUGCCAAAGACCGAGUGUUGAGCAAAGAACAGCAAGAAGCAGUCUCUCCUGACCAUUUAAUGGACCAAGCCAGACAGGUGGCCAUUCGCCUGAUAUCAAUUGGAUGGAUUGGCGAUAUAAUCCGGCAAAGCUUCCGAACGCAGUUUGCCGCCGCAGUCCUGGGCGGUUCAUUUGCCGAGCCAACCUUGCACGCCAACGCAGCCACUGCACUCUGCCAAUUGGCGGUACACAGCUUGGCAGAGGACUUGUAUGGCAACGUUCACAGAGAUGUCCCCAGUAUAAUCCGGACCCUAGCAUCAAUCAUCAAGAAAGUGGAGGGGUUGAAGGCACAAUUUCCUCUGCAUUGGACCGACGUAAGGGGAUUAAAGGAGUGUCCCGAGGUGGACGAGGUGGUGGAGGCGUUGAAGACAGGCUUGGAGCAGGUCAUUUCCAAAUUCGAGCCCUACAGCACUGAUCUGAGGCUUACGCCUACCGACUUGCGGAUCGCAAAGGAAGCCAUUGGAAAACCAGUAGAGCAGCCGACCAAGCGGAGAGAUAGGACACCCGAGCCCAAAAAAUCCAUUGAGACAAGGACGAAUGGAGAUCGGGCAGAGAGGAAACCCGCACGAGCAGACUUCAAGCGGGUAGAGUUCAAACGGGUAGAGUUCAAGGAGCCGGAGAUGGAGCAGGUUCGAUAGCGAAAGCAGGGCUUUGUGAGACGAGGACGAGCUGGAUGAGCAAAAUGUACUUAUAAGAACUGGAACUGGGAAUUCCUUGGGGGUUAUGAAUGUCGCAUAUCGCAUGAGACGAUACCGGAGUUUGAGGGUUCACUAUAAUUGACAAUACUAAAAUACCUGAACUGCAUGUUGGCCCGUAAAGAAACAAGGGAACAAAGAAACAAGGGAAGAAACAAACAAUCGAAACAAAACAAAACAGCAGUAUAAUAUCAAAUAAUGUCAACCUUUAUACGGCUGCAUAAGGCAAAGUGCUAGCCAAGCCCAAUACUCUGCUGCAGGGACCGGCACAGAGUCUCAGCCACACAAAGUCACGCGUUGGGAACCCAGCAAAGCUGGGCGAAGGUAUCCACGCUUAGCGGAGCAGGUCCCGCGUACCUUGCAUUACACGCGCUAAAUGCCUGGUCG